CUCAAAUGAGCAGAAACUCCAGUAUGAUGAUGAGGGAUACAGAAUAAAGUCCUAAAGCCCCAUAGCUGUCAGCAUGAAUGACAGAGUGUGAAGAUAGGGAAAUUACCUCAAUAAAAUAUUGCAUUUAAUCAUUAAGAGGAACUCCUCCGUGACUUGCCAUGAUUCAUACAUCCUUAACAGAUUCCGCUGGAGAAGUCCUGGGUGCUGCUAUUGCCGAGAACACGGGAAUGAAGUCACUCAAUCUGGCUUGGAACUGCAUUUGAGGAAAAGGAGCCAUUGCAUUUGGCCUGGAGGGAAAUAUGUUCUUGUGGACCCUGGAUUUGCUGUUCAAUGGCCUGGGCAAAGAAGGGGAAGCACUGGAGGAUCUGAACAUCAGUCGCUUACCACUCGAAAGAGCCAUCCAUUUUGCAUUGGGCCUAAAAGUGAAUGCGACACGAAUUCUCAAAAUGUCUAGGAACCCAAUGCAAUCAGCGGGAUGCUUUGCCAUUUUAAAAUCAGUUCAAGCAAACCCAGAAACUGCAGUAGAGUUCUUAGACUUCCCUCAUAUUUGCGUGGACCAAGAAUUUGAAAACUUAUUUGAAAGCACCAAAGAAACCCUCCCAAACCUCCAAAAGAAAUAUGGUGGAAAACUUAAUGCAAUGCUUAAAAAGAGCUGAGCUGAACACAUUCUGGACAAUCCAACUGUAAUCGUGUAGGCUUGUAAAACUGCAAAUGUAUUUCUGAACUUGCAUAAUAAAACUGAGACUCUAAACUGAUUUGAAUCUCGCUCCACACUCCUCCACUUGGUAAAUUGGAUCAAGUCAUGGUUGAUGGAUCAUGGUUUCCGGCGUUAAGGGAACAACGGUUCGGUAGAAUAAUGUUUAGCAAAAGAUUUGAUGACAUUAGUGACCUUAAACUUGAAAUAUUACUUACAAAAUGGGUGGAUGAGAUGAUGUGUGAAGCAAGCUGAAUUGA